CUGAAAAGCCAUGAUCACUAGGUUGGCAGACGCUUAGUUCAAUUUACCCUAAAAUUCAUGAUGUCAUGGAUUGAAAAUACUACAGAAUUUUGUACUGGACGGUUUGCUCGGUUGGAGCUAAUCCGAUUUUGAACACCGCUGUGCCAUAGAGCCGCCGAGUUCUGUUAACGCUUUUUUGGGAAGGGCCUCUGUAUGUAUAAAUAGGGUGACCAGAGCAAGGACACACUCUGUCUCAUCAGACAACAUAGAGACGCUUGCUAUCACUGGAACACGAGCCUCAUGCCACCGAUGAGGCCAGGAGCGGCGGAGUACCCCAUGGCCCAGGGCCCCGCAGCACCAUCGUCGGCGCGCUCGCCGUGGCAGUCGCCGGUGCCGUACCUCUUCGGCGCGCUCGCGGCGAUGCUGGGCCUCGUCGCGCUCUCGCUCCUCGCCCUGGCCUGCUCCCACUGGAAGUUCUCCCGCGGCCUCGGCCCGGACGGCGACCAGGCCGCCGGCCCCGACGCCGCCGCAAAGGGCCGCGGGGCUCCCGGGCUGGCAGGGGAGUGCCAGCAGCACGUGGCGGUCAUCAUGGCCGGUGACGAGCGGCCCACGUUCCUGGCCACGCCGGCGCCGACGUCGUGCCGUGCCGCGGUCCACGGCACCGGCGGCGACCUCGCAGCCGGCGUGACGACGUGCUCCCAAGACGACGCGCAGAGGCAGACCGCAAGCGCUACCGUGUAAUUAGCUACCGCAUACCGGAUAUAUACUCCUAUGUCAUUUCUUGGUCUUCUUCUUUAACUCAGAGCUGAUAAUAAAGUUGUACAUAUCGAGAGGGUCAUUCAAGAUGUUUCAUUUA